CUUGGAAUAAAAGAUUCACGCAUAUUGUCAGCACCUGCGUGUGCGUUGCAUUGGCAGCGGAGCGUGUAUUCCGAGCUCCCUCGCAGGGAGAACCCUUUCGGCAUCAGACAGUUCCCUCCCGGACACUCCCGUGCAGUCGGACAGAUUCCGACGGAUAUCACAUCUCGCACGAUGGCUGACCGGAGGCCUGCUGCUGCCGCUGGUUCUCGCGGCGCCGCCGCACCGAAGAAGUACGGAGAUCGUCGAUACAGAGGCAAGCACCCUCGAGAGGGAGCCGCGGCAGCGGCAGCGUCUGUGCCCGACGACGAGACCUACGAAGAGGAAUGGGCCGACGAGUGGGCUGGUGAGGACUGGGCCGAGGACGACGACGAGGAGUCGGAGAUUCCACCGAGCUCGGCGGAGUUCCGACGCACCCGCGGUGAUCGCAAGAAGUGGCGCGGAGGACCGUGCCCAGCCCCACCUCCACUCGAGGCCAGGUUUCAGAAUAUAUACAAGCAGCCGAGAUACUACCAGAAGUGGGUUAGGAAAGUCCACAUGUGGAAGGCCAGGGCGCGACACUACAAGCCGAUGGCCGAACUGGCCCUGGACCUUUCAGACGUCAUCACGGGUGAGGGCGCAGAGAUGAUCGAGUCCUUGGAAUGGACCCGGUUGUAUUCACAGGAUGGUAUUGAUUUGGUGAUCAACUCCCUCGCCGUGUUUGAUGAGCAGCAGAUCCUACAGGUUGGAGACCUCAUGGAAGAGUAUGAAGAAGUGGAGCGUCUGCCCGGUGAGCUGCUGGCCGCGUACGUUGCGCAUUUCAAGGAUCUCGAGAUGCGGCUCAAACGGGCAGAGCUUCCAGCUCAGCAAGGACAAUUUCGAGCAUUCAAGUUGUUGCGAAGUUCAUGUUUAUCGCCGGAGGUCCGGCGCAACCUUCUCCUCGCCACGGGCAAUGAGUAUGACUUCGACCGCCUCGUUCAGGCUAUGAGUUACGACGGAUGGCACGUAAGAGACUCGGUGAGGCGGCCGCUCCUGAACGCAGGUCGGCUGGUCGAGAUCCCGACAAAGGAGGCGGCAAAGGACGAGAUCGACAGCCACCGAGCUGACAUUCUUCCCGAGGACGAGGCUGAGGAGAACGAAGAUGAAGAUGACCCCGAUCAAGCAGAAGUAAAUGAGGCUUGCGCCGAGGAGGUUGACAGUAUCCAGGUCAUGCAGGAGGUGGCGGACGCUUUGACCGUCACCAGCGACAAGUUGAAGAAGCUGACCUUGGGCCGCGGGUGGACCGGAAGCGCCGCCCGGCAGGCCGCCGCAGACAUCGUCAGCACCGCCACAGAGAGGCACUGCGACGCCGCCGGCCGGCACGUCUUUUUCAGGAAGCAUUCGUGGAACAUUUACGGGAGACCGAUCCGGAGAUUCAAGAGCACCGGCGGCAUCUCAGAGGCCAGGGUUUCGCCAGACGUCUUCGAGGACCGGCUACAAGUCACGCACCUCUCGCCCGACGAGCUGCAGCAGCGCGUGGCCGCCUUCAAGAGCAGGGUCGCCACCAGCGACAAGGGGCUGGACACCUUGAGGGAAAGGGCUCAUUUCACCAAGAUCAACCUGUACGACGUGCCCUUGAAGAUUGCCCCGAAUGGCCACUUGCUUCUGAGAGUCGACUCUUGGUUGAAGGAUGUGGGGUUCCCAAGGGAGCCCGAGGCCUGGAAGUUCACCCCCUCGGACGUCAUCAUCCCGGAGCCCCAGUGGAUCCCAGAGGAGGCCCGAUCGUCUCGUCGUACAGUUCAGCUGACGAGGCAGAACCUGGCGAUCAACGCGUGGACGAACCUGAUGCAGCUGAUCAUGAACCACCUGUCGCACAUCAUCGGUCGCAGUCGCGAGCAGUUCCGGCAGAACAUGGAGAUGUCGAACCGGAUGAUGGGCGCGAUCGCGCAGAUGGGCCACGAGAUGGGCUACCUGACACCGAUGGCGGACUCAGUGAAGGCGAUCGCGAGAGGAGCCGCACAGGUUCCAGAGAGCGUGCUGCCACCGCCGCCGGCACCAGAGGAUCAAGCCCAGAACUACUCACAGCUGUGCGAGAAGAGGGACGUGUGCGCCCAUCCGGCAACGAGGAGGUACUACGCCAAGGGGUACUGGCUGAUCUGCGACCAGUGCGGCCGGCGGUGGAAGUCGGUCAACGGGAAGUGGAUCGUGAUGGUGAAGAGAGGCGCCUGGAAGCGCCUUCUCGGCAUUGCUAAGAAGACGACCGCAGCCUGCGAGACGCUUAUUAACGUGAGUCAAGAUGCCGAUCGCCGAGCUGCCGAUUUACGAGACGCGGAAUGGUGCUGUUCGGACGUGGCCUUCAUGGACAUUCCCGUUCCUGAGUUGCCCGACCACCGGUACCUGGACAACGAGUGCCAGGCGUGCGGCACCGACCUCAUUGAGGGCUGCGCAGGGACAGCAAGACCUACGCGACUCGCUUCACGCUUUGAGCUGAGGGCCUCGCCGAGCGCCGACAUAGAGGACGGCUGGGACUUGUCAACUACGCGAGGUGCUCAGAGAUGGAAAGAUCAGAUACUGAAAGACAAGCCACUCUACGUGAUCGUAGGCUUCCCCUGCACGCUCUGGUGCUCCUACAAUGUCAAUGUGAAUUACGUCGACCAUCCCGAGCUGCUUGAGAGACUUCGUGCUCGGGAUCGACGGCUGAUUGACUUGAUCAAGUGGACCAUCAAGUACCAGGUGAAGCAUGGCCGGUUCUUCUUGUUCGAGAACCCGCCGACGUCAGCGAUCUGGAAGGACCUCCAGUUCGCCCCGCUCCUGCCCUUGGGCGAGACCGUUAUCGGCCAUGGGUGCCAGUACGGGAAGACAGGCAAGACUGGCCUGCCGAUUCGCAAGGCGUAUCGCUGGUUCUCCAACUCGCCGCCUGUGCUUGCGGCUCUGAGCCGCCGCUGCCCAGGACUUCGUCCGGAGUCCGGGGGCCACUUGCACGAUCCGAUUGAGAACUCGAAGUGGACAAAGGCCAGCGGCGAGUACACCGACGAGAUGGCCCACGCGAUGCUCUACGCGAUCCAGCAGGUCGCCGCCCAGAGGAAUCCGAGCAGGUUCGCCGACAUGCCGGUUGCGGCUACCGAGUGGGAGGUCGCCUACAACCACGCAGGUCCCAUCGAGGUGCUGUUCGCCUCGCCAGAGAAGGACCCCACCAGGUGGGAGGCGGUCAUGCAGGGCGUCCGACAGAUCGUGGGCGGUUCCGCCAGCCGAGGCGGGAACAAGGCCAUGCAUUACCUUUCGAAGUCGUCCGCGCUCUGGAGACAGAUUAGCCAGCUCGUCCCGUGGGACCUCACGAUGAUCCAGCUCGCGAAGGCAGCCAAGCAAAGGAGGUUCCCCAUCAACAAGGAGCCGUGGUCUCACCGUGGUCACUGCUACGUGGACGAGAAGGGACAUUACCAUAUCGAAGCCGAGGACCUGGUUGACGUGGCCUUCCCGACGUUGGCCUUGUCGCCGCCCGCGGACCUAGCCGUUUUCUCCUUCGGCUAUGCCAAGCAGGAGUCCCUCCCGCAGGAGCCUGACACGUCACAGAUAGAGAAGCGAAUGCCGCUUCCCCCGGACCCGAACGACCCGAUGCUGCCGAACAACAGCCUGCCGCCCGACGAGGACGACGACCUGCAGGACGUCCCGAUCGCUCGGAUGCCUGACGCGUCCGGCGGUAUGGCUGGUAUACGUUUUGUUGGAGUGACAAAGGAGCAGUGUCCUCGUGAAGUUCGCCAGCUUGUCGCUCGUAUGCACUGUAACUUGGGACAUCCGGUGCCCAGCGAGUUCUUCCAGUUCCUGGCUCAGAGAGGCGCCUCGCAGGCUACGCUGCUGUGCGCCAGAGCGCUGAGGUGCCCGGCGUGCCUUCGUCGCAAACGGCCUCAGCGACAGCGGGAGUCACAGAUUCCAAGGGUGGGUCUGUUCAACGACUUAGUCAAGGGCGACUUGUUCUACGUCAUGACCCACGACGGAGACGUCUGGGAGAAGUUCCAGACGUGCUGGCUCACCCCGUUCGGGAUUAUGCAGAUUCUGGUUGUCGACAGGGACGGCGCCUUCGAAGCCGUGUUCAUGGACAACUGCCACACGUUGGGAAUCGACGUGAGGUACGUGCCGCCGGGAGCUCACUGGCAGUUGGGCCUGGCCGAAUCCGGCAACUACGCCUGGCGCCGAGUCUUCGAGAAGGUGAUCGACGUCAUCCUGCCGACGAUGCCAGAGCACGUGGACCUUGCGAUCAUCUCGACGAGCCACGCCGUAAACCAGUCAGUGCGCCGAGCAGGCCGCGCCGCCUAUGCCGCCGCCUUCGGACGGGUACCCACGCUUCCGACCGAGCUCUUGGCUGACACCACGUCCGCCGAGUUCUGGCACAAUUGCACCCAGGAUGAGAUGCUGGCCUACGGGGAGAGAUGCCGCAUUGAGGCGCUCAAGGCGAUCGCCGACCUGGAGGCCGACGAGGCGCUGCGUACCUCCAUCCUCCGCCAGCCUGUCAACCGCAAGGAGUACGACUUCCUCUCGGGACAGCGCGCGGCAGCCUGGGGCGAGCAUGGUCGCAAGCGACGGGGCAAGACGCCCGUGGCAGGGUAUCGCCCAGGCAUUUUCUGUUUCUGGGAUUCCGGCACCAACGGCUACGGCGAGGGCGAGUCUGCCUGGUUGCGGAUCGGGCACCGCACUGUGCAGGUGGCCCGCGAACACAUACGCCCAGCCGUCGGUUUCGAGGGCUGGACCCCUUCCGAGGAGGACCUCAAGGAGCUCAAGACGGCCGAGCAGGACUUGGCGAAGGCCAGAGCGGUACCCGGCGUCGAGCCCAGAGUCGAGCCGAAGGCGAAGCUCCAGAGCCCGCUGCGCCCUUUCCGUGGCCGGCACCGCCUCAGUUUGGACCAGUCAGAACACGAGAGCGCUCUGCGACGAAAGCUUCCUCACAUACCGGGCUCACCGAGCCCAGCAGCCUUCGUGUCCAACGAGUCGGACGAGAUGGAGUUCAUCACACCGGAUGGCUGGGACGGAGUCGAGGAGCCAGUCCUGCUCAGGACCCGCGUGUUCUCGAGCCUGGCGGAGGUCCAGGAGGCCUACGAGGCGCACCUCUUGCCCAUCGAGAACUUCGAGAACGACCCGAUCGACGACAGCGAGCCGGACGACGACUGGACAAACUGCCUGUGCAUGACCUACCACGAGCUCUCCGACCUCAGGGACGGCGAGAUGGACGUGGACUGUGCGACAGCACAGGUGGGCGACACGACGGACUCGAACAACCUGUCGAGACGCGAGCAGCGUCAACUGGAUCGUGAAAUCCCCUGGCGGGAGAUCGCAGAGUACCCGGAGGACCAGUUCAUGGAGUACGAGUGCCAGAACUGGGACACCUGGAAGUCCGUUCGGGCCUGCUCGCAGGAGGAGGCCGAACAAGUUCGUCGUGACCCUCAUCUCCGCAAACGGUGCAUCCGCUCGCGCGUGUGCUACCGGGACAAGAACUUGGGGUUUCCGCCGUUGAAGGCCAAGGCUCGCCCGGUGUUGCUCGGGUUCUCCGACCCCGACCUGGAGAAGUUGCCGCGUAACGCCCCGGUGCUGACCGACGCUGGCAAGAAGCUGAUCUGCCAGAUCGCGGUCUCGAAUGACUGGCGAGUCGGGACCGGAGACGCGGAGAGCGCCUUUCUCCAGGGAGGCGCCCAGAGCGAGCGCGAGGAGGCGAUCUACAUGAUUCCGCCCAAGGACCCGAUAGUUCAAGCCGCCGGAGUUUUCACCGCCCCACUCUACGAGGUGGUCGGCAACCUGUACGGUCAGUCGACGGCGCCGUACCUAUGGUACAAGCACGUGGUGACGACCUUCCUGGCGCUGGGCAGCAAGCUCCACAGCCUCGAUUCAGCUCUCUUCCUGUUCGACUUCACACCGAUCGAGAAGGCUAUUAAAUGGCGAGGCUGGCAGUGGGACAACUUCGUCUUCCUCGGCGAGGAGUACCAGCGCCUACGUCAAGGUCCGUACAGCGGAAGUUUGUUUGUUCAUCAAGCGGCCUACACUAAGGCGAUUGCAGUCACGAAGGUUGGAGUUAUGUCCAGCACUCGGUCUUCUUCUAAGCUGACGCGUUCUGAGCGCGAAGAUCUGGAGUCUGCUGUCGGCUCGCUCCAGUGGUUGUCCGGACACACACGUCCAGACCUGUCAGCCGCGGUUUCCCUUGUCCAGAGGACCGACCCCGAGCUGAACGACCUACGGAUGGCCAUGAAGCACGUAGAGUACGCGCACCGCACAGCCCAGACUGGCAUCCUGAUCGUCCGCGUCGAUUUGAGCCGCGCCUGCUUCGUGAGUUUUGCAGACAGCUCAUGGGCGAACGCUCCAGGAUUGAAGACCCAGAUCGGCACCCUCAUCUUUCUGGCAGACGAGGUGAUACUCACCGGACCCACGUCAUGUACUCUCUUGUUUCACAAGUCCAAGAGAACGCCGAGAGUGGUAAGAUCUACGCUGGCUGGGGAAGCUAUCGCGCAGGACCUGGGAGUGGACUACGCGUCGUACUUGUCGAAGUUCCUGUCCGAGAUGUUGACUGGACGGCCUGCUGGCCGACACCCACCGAUCUUCGAGGUUAUCACCGUCACCGACUGCAAGUCUCUGUGCGAUGCCCUCCACCAGCUCACCCCGAGUUUGUCUGAGAAACGUACUGUGAUCGACGUGAUUUCCAUUCGUGACGAGGUGAAGGUCAAGAACGUCAGAUGGAUCCCUACGACACACAUGAUAGCCGACGGCAUGACCAAGUUCCUGGCGGAUCCAGUGCUUUCGCUCGUGGAGUCGAUUGCUUGCGAGGAGCUGACCGGGCGCGAGACCGCCGCGCUGCCCCUGCGGACGGCCAGGGCCAAUCGAGUGGGUCGCCAGGGCCGCCAGGGCCACAGGAGGGUCGUGGAGAUGGCGCCCACCGCCGCAGAGCAACGGCAGCCUGGCCGCUUCGCCGGAUGGCCUCCCCUGGCGGGCCCACUACGAGAACGAACCAACUCACGCGUGUACGUGCCCUUGCUAUUAGCAGCGGCGGGGCUGCUUGACCAGCAGGAGGCGGCGGGAUGGAGCGCGCACCCGCUCACGCACGACUGGUGGCAGCCGACAGUGGAGGCCUUGCAGCAAGCGGACGCCGUGCCAGCCGAGACCUUCGCCCAAGGGCUGGAGUUCGCAGGGGCCAGCCCAGGGGCGAUAUAUGCCGUGAUCGCCGCUGGGGGCGGAGCACGCCCUGGACACGUGCACCUGCCGCCUGUGGCGAGAGCGCUGGCGGACAGCGCUGGCUACAUCGACAACCUCGCCCAGGAGCAACUCCUGGAGAGGUUCACCCGCUUCGAGGCUGGAGACUGGGCGCAGCUUCUGACAGAAGCACAGCCGGGCCCGCCGCGCAGGCCGCCCGAGCGAGACGCGAACGGGCAGAGCAGGGCGCCCGAGGCACGACGGGGCCGGGCGCCAGACGAAAACGAGGAGCUCCGCAGCCGCUGCGGGAGGGCCCGCGAGCUGAUCCGCCUCGGCGAGGUCUCGGCGGCGCGGCAAGCGCUGACAGCGAGCGCGGUGGCACCAGGCACACAGGCCACUCUGGACGAACUCCGGGACCCGGCACGCCGCCUGCAGCAGCCGAGAGAGCAGCUCAGCGAGCGAGCCGCCCGCGCGCCGCCGCAAGGCCUCGCCAGCCUGGAACCAGACCGCCUCCUCACGAACGUGCGCAGGAGUCGCCGGGGCGCUGCGCCGGGCCCCUCAGGGAUGACGGGAGAACACUUGCAGACGCUGCUGGACGACGAGCACUGCUGCGACCUCCUGCACCACGCUGCCACGCUCCUUGCGAGGGCGCAAAUCCCUGGCCCCGUGGCAGAGGCCCUCCGGCUCGGCCGCCUCACGGCGCUGCGCAAGAGCAACGGGAGGGUGCGAGGCAUUGUGACUGGCGACGUCUUCAGGCGGUUGGUUGCCCGCACGCUGGCGCAGCAAGUGGGCGAAGAGGUCGAGCAGGCGACUGCCCCCUUCCAGUUCGCACUCUCGACCCGAGCAGGCACGGAAUGCGUGGCGCACCUCGUGCAGACUCUCACCCAGGGUGACCCGGCGGCCACGGUGGUUUCCAUAGACGGAAUCGUCUGGAACAGGGGAGGGCAGGAGCCACUUGGCAUCCGAGAGCUGGGCUCAGCAGCGGACCGGGUGUGGGUAGGAGGAGCAGACACCCCGCCGGAAGCCCAGGGCUUGGUCGUUCUGGGGGCCCCGAUAGGCCACGGAGCUUUCGUCGCCCAACACCUGGAGGCCAUCCUGGAAGAACACCGCCGCUUGCUCGCGAGGAUACCACACGUCGGGGACCUGCAAUCCUCGUGGCUCCUGCUCAGCAUGUGCGCCAACCCCCGGGCCAACUUCUUCCUGAGGGCGCUGGCUCCCGAGGACACGGCCGCCUUCGCCGCAGCGCACGACGACAACCUGGCCAACGCGCUCGCCGACUUGCUGGAACUCCCGCAAGAAGCUGUCGCAGAAGGCACGUCAGCGCGCCAACGCUGCCAACUGCCGCUUUGCAUGGGGGGGCUCGGCCUGCGAAGCGCGUCCAGGACGGCGCCGGCGGCCUGGUGGGCUUCCUGGGCAGACUGCGCGCAGAUGCUCCGCGAACGCUGCCCCGAGCUCACAAACCAGAUCUGCGCUGCACUGAGCGAGCUGGACCGGGGCCCGCUGCCGGCCGCUCCCGGGUGCUUACAACAAGCCAGCAGGGCAAAGGAGCACCUCUCGGCGCACGGCUUCGCCGCGCCCAACUGGCACGACCUUGCGCAGGGCGCCCGGCCACCGCCGACGCACGAACGGGAGCACGGCGAAUGGGCGCACGGCUGGCAGUUCUGGGCCGCCAGAGUCUUGGAGAACACAGCCCGACAGCAGCUCCUCAACGCCUCCACGCCACCGGACCGCGCCCUCCUCCGGUCACAGAGCGGGCCGUGCGCGGGACGAGCCUUCACCGCGCUGCCCACGACGGGGGACUUCCACAUCCCGCCGGCAGAAUUCAGAGUCCUGCUCCUCAGGCGCUUGCGAUUUGAUUUACCCUUCGCAGCGAGCGCUUGCAGAUGCAGAGGCAGACUGGACGCCAGAGGUGACCACAGAGCGGCGUGCCCAAGGGCAGGGGUGCUCAAGAAGAGAUCCAUCCCAUUGGAGAAAGCGGCUGCACGUAUCUGCCGCGAGGCCGGGGGCCGAGUCGCAGAGAACCAGCUCCUGCGAGACCUCAACGUGGACGGCGUCGACCCCCGCGACGGGCGCAAGAUCGAGGUCAUCGCGAAUUGCCUGCCGCUCUGGGGAGGAGCGCAGCUGGCGAUUGACGCGACCCUGGUGUCGCCAGUCCGCACCGACGGCACCGCGCAGCCCAGAGCCGCGGACGAGGACGGAGUCCAGCUCGAGGUCGCGCGGGGCCGGAAGGAAGCGACCUACCCCGAGCUCAUCGGGUCAAGGAGAUGCCGAUUGGUGGUGCUGGGCUUGGAAGUCGGCGGCAGGUGGUCCGAGGAGGCCCUGACCUUCGUCCGGCUGCUCGCCAGGACCAGAGCCCGCAGCGCGCCGCAGCGACUUCGAGCGUCGGCGCGGGCGGCGUACCUACACCGCUGGACAGGCUUGGCUGCGGUCGCGGCCCAGAGGGCGUUCGCGGCCACGCUGCUGGAGUUGCCGCCGCACACCCUGGCCGUCGACGGGGACGAGCCGCACCUCGCCGACCUCCUGGCGGACGCCCGCUACACGGAGACGCCG